GUCUGCUACACACAUGAUUGGUGACAUCUGCCGGACGCGUACGCGUAUAUCUGAGCGCGAUACUGAUGUCUGGAAAGACCGAUUGCUGGAUGAAUAUCCAACACUGCUGGUACUUUAUCGAGAGCCAAUAAUACCACCUAUUAAUACCGAAGAGGUACGUUUAGCUCUCGACUUCAUCAAGGUUAUAUGCGACUCAAAGUUUCGUCACAUGAUCGUCACUCGACGAGAGCGACACAACUGAACCGUUGUGGCAGCGAUGCCAACCGACCAGUGACACUGCAUACCAGCAACCACGGUGACAUGCCGCGAGAGAUAUACCGAGCAGAUAUGCUGAAAGUCCGCUGACGUCCACGGGCAUCAAAGCAGCACCGGCGGCCAUGUCGAUGACGGGGCAUGCCGGGAAGGUGGCGGCCAAGCAUGCCGGGAAGACAGUAACCGAGCAUGGCGGUAAGACUAGUGCGGGGGAGAGCCGAGAGCAGGUGCAGGCGUUCAUGCGCGGCCAGGGCAUCCGCGACGGCGACUGGCGCGGGGUGCUGCACCGCAAGCACUCGGCCGACCUCCGCCGCGGGCUCGACCGCCUCCAGGUGACGCUGCAGAAGGAGCAGCGGCAAGCCGAGCGCAAGACGUCGCAGAUGGCGCUGCUCACCCAGCAGAUGGCGCUGGCGUUCGACGACCUGGCGGCAGCGUCGUCGUCGACCUGCCCUAGCCGGAAGACGAGCACCGACAGCCAGUACAGCUGGCCGAUGGGCGGCGCCUCGCGCCGAGCCAGCGUGUCGCGCUACGGCUGCUGCGCGUCAAUGUCGCCGAUGCCGCCGGGGCGCUGCGCGAGCUGGGAGAGCGCGCUGAGCAGCGGCACGUGCGUCGUCCGUGGGGCGGAUCAUCGCACAAGCGUCAUCGACGUGCCGACGAUCCUCGUGACGUCGGCCGACGACGAUGACGACGGUGGCGCCGCCGUCGCGGCGACCACCGACCCCGCGCGCAUGGAUGACGAGCAGCUGAAGAUCUACAACUUCAUGCAGCUGGCGUCGUCAGAGGGCGCCACCGGCGCAGCGAUGGAGGGCAGGAGGGAUGGUGGCCGGCAGCGGCGCAGCAGCCGCGUGUACGCGCAGCCAAUCCCGCGACUGCGCAGACGCUCGAGCGUCGGCGGCCCGGCGGCGGCGGCAAUAGAGGAGGAGACGGAGCCCCCGCUCAGGCUUCCACCUCUCCUCCUCCCUCCGCUGCACAAGCAGAGCAAGCCGCUGCCUGUGAGAACGGGAUUCGGACCGAAGCCUGCCUCGUCUGCAGCCAAGCAGACGAUGGAAGUUGACUGGAAGGAGCUGCAGCAGUGUCGGUACUUGCGUCAGCCACGCCGACGACAGGAGAAGACCCACGUUGCCCAUUGCAACUACUGAUGAUGACGUAGUACGCAUCAGUACCUGCGUCAGCCCCGCCGACAACAGGAGAAGACCCACGUUGCCCGUUGUAACUACUGAUGACGUAGUGUCAAUACGUGAGUCGGCCAACUAUUGGUGACGCAACUUAUGUCUACUAUCCGUUAGACCUGUCGACAUCAUGAGAAGACUCACGGCAGCUACUAAUCGCGUAGCGCUGCUCAAUGUUGUGUAAAACGGUGUUCGUAGUUCGUAAAGGACCAUUCACACCGCGUGUGGCGAUGAGCUAAAACGCUUACGAGGCAGGUGGUCGCUGCAUGGGCGUACCACUGGCGAAAUAACUAAGACGAAGUGACACGGUUUGAUACAAGGGAAUAACGAAGACUAUGUACGUGACAGUAUUUGACAGUGGCGAUCUCCAUACUAUACUAUAAUAUACUUUACUAUAAUUUACUAUAAUAAACUUGCCGUGAUUUUGAGCGUUUGGUUGAGUAAUGGAAAUGCCAUUUUCCGUGUGAAAGUGGGUACCUGUGCAUGAAAACGGUCCAUAAUACUAAUAGUUGUAAAUAUGUGAACUACAUGAUCAUAUAUAGAACCAGAAAUGUACAUUGAAUUAAAGUGCCAGUUUGUUUGAGUCUCAAUUCAUGAAAGACAUUCUUAACAGCAACAAUAUAUACGCUUAG